CACCCACCCUCUGCUCCACCAGCACUACAAAUAAUACCGAGAAAACAGAGCAGCACGCAUCUAGAAAGAGGCAAUAUUCAUCCUGAGCUGAAAAGUUCCUGAAGACCGCACAGCAAGAGUCAUGGCACAAACUUUGGACAUCGAUCGCUGGAACCUGGAGUGCGAGUUCAACAACCUGGACCAUCGCACUGAUCUGAAUGGUGCAGAUCGCCUCAUUGUGAGGCGAGGGCAGCCUUUUUCCAUCAGCCUGUACCUUCGCUCAGGAAGCUACCAGCCAGGAGUCAGCACUCUGGACUGUGUUGCAGAAACAGGUCCUCAGCCCUCGGAGCAGUACGGCACCAGGGCCUCCUUCGGUCUCUCUGCCAACAUCGACACCUCCCGCUGGAGCGCCGCCGUCCUCAGCCCCCCCGGAGACAUGGUGGCCCUGUCAAUCUGCUCUGCCCCCGACGCUCCGAUAGGCCGCUACACCCUGACCCUGGGGCAGGCCGGGAGGAUCGAGUUCAUCCUGCUCUUUAACCCCUGGUGCUCAGCGGAUGUGGUGUAUAUGGACAGUGAGGCGAAUUUGGCGGAAUAUGUCUUGGCUCAGGAUGGCAUCAUCUUUCAAGGGGACUACAGAUAUCCCGUCCCAAUCCCCUGGAACUUUGGCCAGUUUGAAAGUGGAAUUUUGGAUAUUUGCCUGAAGCUUCUGGACAUGAACCCUAAAUGUCUGAGAAAUCCUGGAAAAGACUGUUCAGGAAGGAGAAACCCCAUCUAUGUGUCUCGAGUGCUGAGUGCAAUGGUGAACUGUAAUGACGAUAAAGGCGUGCUGUGGGGGAGAUGGCCAGAGAACGAUGAAGGCUAUAAAGGAGGUGUGAAUCCUCUGCUCUGGAAGGGCAGUGUGGAGAUUCUUCGCAACUGGGAAAAACAAGCCUGUGCGCCCGUUCGCUUCGGACAGUGCUGGGUGUUCGCUGCAGUGUGCUGUUCGGUUUCCAGAGCCCUGGGCAUCCCCUGUCGAGUAAUCACUAACUACCUGUCUGCCCACGACACAAACAACAACCUGGUGAUCGAACGCCGCAUUGAUGAGAACGGAGACCUCAUUCGGUCCAGAGAAAUGAUCUGGAAUUACCACUGCUGGGUGGAGAGCUGGAUGACUCGGCCUGACCUGAAACCAGGAUUUGAUGGCUGGCAGGCCAGCGACCCCACCCCUCAGGAGAAAAGUGAAAACAUAUACUGCUGUGGGCCGGUCCCUGUCCGGGCCAUCAAGGAUGGAGAGCUCACCUUCAAGUACGACGCUCCCUUCGUCUUCGCUGAGGUGAAUGCUGACGUUAUCACUUUCAUGAAGAAAAAAGAUGGCAGCACGUCGGAGGUGAUGAACACCACUGCGGUGGGCCAGAAAAUCAGCACCAAGAGGGUCGGCAGUGACGACCGAGAGGACAUCACUCAUCUCUACAAGUACCCUGAAGGAUCUAAUGAAGAGCGGGAAACGUUCAAAAAGGCUAACCACCAAAACAAGCUGCUCCACCAGCAGGGGGAUCACGGCCUCCACCUCACCAUCAAGGUGUCCUCAGACAUGAGGAAGGGCUGCGACUUUGACGUGUUCGCUGUGGUCACCAACAACACUCAGAGUGAGAAGAAGUGCCGGCUGGUGUUCGGAUCCUGCGCUCUGUCCUACAAUGGCUUCCUCGGAGGAAGCUGCGGCUUCAAAGACCUGCUCAACGUUGAGCUCCCCCCGGGAGCAGAGAGACGAGUACCGCUGAGGCUGAACUACUCCAAGUACGGCAGCCAGCUCACCGAGCAUAAUUUGAUACGCCUGGCUGCGGUCCUGUUUGACUACGCAACCAAUGAGGCAACGCUGGCAACAAGAAACAUCGUUCUGGAGAAUCCUCAAAUCAUAGUCAGAAUUCUGGGUGAACCGAAGGAGAAUCGGAAGCUUGCUGCAGAGAUCACUCUCAAAAACCCUCUGCCGGAGCCUCUGGAAGCUUGCUGCUUCAGCAUCGAAGGCGCCAACCUGACCGGGGGGAACUCCAUCUCUGAGAGGUUGGCCUCCACUGUGGGACCUGGGGAAGACGCCAAAGCAAAAGUUUACUUCACUCCCACCCGAUCUGGGCUCAGGAAGCUGGUGGUCAAUUUUGACAGUGACAAGCUGUGCAAUGUCAAAGGCUACAGGAACGUCAUCAUCGGAAAAUAAAACAUUUUAUUCCUUCAGGAUUAUGUGGCAAUAAUAGUACUGUUUUUUAAACUAUCAAGCUCACUCACUGCCUUUGUGUCAAAAUCAUUUCAGCUUCAAUACGUUUUUUUCUCCUCACAUUGUUUAUUUGUUACUGCAGAGCCAUUAUUAUAAAUUAAAUGCGAAACUGCAAAGUUGUUUGUUCCAUGAGGCUAAUUGGUCCUGUGCAUGCAUUUUAAAGUAGUUUUGAAGUAUUUUAACUACAAUGUACUAUUUUACAUAGGUCAUUCAAAUAAAAGUUGAUGUAUA